CACUCUGGAAACGGCUUACUACAGUGGAGAAAAGAGAGAAAGAUGGCGGGUGUUCACCUAGGUUGUUUGUUUGUUGUCAUCUUCUUCAUUGUGAGGGAUUAUUCACUUUUCAAAGUCGAAGCUGGACGGGCAUGUUUGUCCUCGGAUUAUGGCAGUCUUCUUCUACCUUGCAAUGAAAACAGGACGCGAUCAAUUAUUCCAUUUAUAAAAAACCGAUGUGACCCCACUGCGAAUGGUUCCUUUGCGCCAACAAUUAUUGAUAAUCUGCCAUGUUUGUGCAAGUCGGGCCUAGGCAUUGAGAUUGUGACAAGUCCUUCCUUCUCGUGGCAAUGCGUGAAAUGCAAGCCGGGAAAUUACAGCGUGGGUGGCAUGGUGAUUGACACUUGGGAGCGGUGGAAUGGCUCCCUAAAUGUCCCUGGUAGCGGUUACAGAUUUACACCAUAUUGCACCACCGUUAUGAAGAAGGGCAUGUGCAACGGAUGGCAGCCAUCUCAUGACUUCACUCAUCUGGUUUCGUCUCUCGCCAUCAAUGCUACAGAUCCAACUUUAUGUCUUGAGAACAAAAUUAUGCAAACAUACAUGGCUUUUUCUAAUCCUGGAGAAGGAGAAAACUAUAUAAGCUUCCGUUACAAAGUGGACGGCAUACCUUGCCCCAAGAAGGGCAGUGAUUGCAGAAAGGGCCUUAUGUUUUUCAUUGACGAUAAACUAGUUCUCAAAGUCGACGUCAAGUUCUCUUGGGAUGUUUUCAGACACAACGUAUCAGCGGGCACUCAUGUAUUCAGAUGGCGGCACAUAAGUAGCUGUGACAAGUUCGCUGGCUUUCUUGAUGUUGCAUACAUCGCCCAUGUCACCUUUGUCGGAGGGACCAAGAUGCACUCGGUUUGUACGCCUUGCCCCGAAGGGACCUAUUCUGAAAAAGAAGGCAGUACGGAGUGCAUUAAAUGUCCCUAUGGAUCUUACCAGAACAAGAAAGGUCAAACAAAAUGCAUGAAAUGCCCAGAAAAUACAUUUUCCCAUAUCGGUGAUAAGGAGUGUUUUAGUUUGCAGAAAUGCACCGAAUCGGAUUACCGUUAUGUUCCGGAUCCCAUCGACAAAUGCUUUACGAAAAAUGGUGAGGUUGUGAGACAGCAAACCGUUUUGACUCCAACAUGGCCAGGUAUGAAAAGCGGCCCAUGUGUUGCCAAUUCGGUCCCUGUCUCGCCUGCCAACUGUACGUGCCCGCCCGGUUCCAUUCUCAAGACAUUGCACCAGACAGAUGGCUCGUCUGACAAAUUCUACUGCGACUUCUGUUCAACUGGCAACGUUGUUAACGACAAAGGCGAGUGUGGUAGAUGCAAGAAUGGAAUGGCAGCCAUACCGGGAAUAUUUAUAAAAGAAUGGCCUAAAGGUCCGAUUCCAGAGCUUUUUAAGACUCGGUGCUCAGGAGAACAAUGCCGAGAGAGUGGCUGGAUAAACCAUGGCAAAAGUAUAUCGACCAAACGAAUUCCUGGCAAUUUUGAGACGUACAUUGAAUUAGCCGAUCUAAAGAUCAACUACUACAGAGCCUAUGUCGGCUUUAACUGCUCCAUCGACUGUCGUAUAAACCCAACGGCAAAGAGCCUUGCGAGAGUAGACGAUUGUUUCCUUCGGUUUUCCUUGAUUCGCGAUCGCUAUAUUACUGUUCGGGAUGUCGACUGCAUCCAAUACGGAAGAAACCACCGUCGCAAUGGCACGGUCAUGAAUCAUUUCUUUCCAAUUUCAACCCCAGGCAAUUAUACAUUGAGAUGGACGUUCCACCAGAAUGAUGACGAAAAGACCAAUGUUCUCAGUUACGAAGGCCGGAUAUAUGCGAUCAGUAUUUUAGGAGUCGAAGGUGGUAAGGUAAAUAAGUGCACUAUGUGUUCCAGUGGCAGUCAGGUCACAAAAGAUGGCUCGUCAUGCGAGAAGUGUCCCGUUGGAACAUUCAGCUCAGACGGCGUCAAGUGCGUCCCUUGCCCCAAAGGAACAUUUACCGACGCAGUAGAAAGCCACAAGUGCAUACAAUGCGGAGCAAACACAACUUCAAACGAAGCACGUACCGACUGCAUUAUCAACAAGUGCCGAUUUAGUGCAGCUCCAGGCAUUAUUUACGAUCUGAUGCCGAUGGCUAAUGUUGGUGGACCUAUGGUCGAAGUCAAGCAAACACCUAAAACUGGCUCUCACGUUUGGUACCAACAUUUUUACUACGUUAAUCUCUGCACCCGAGACCACGAUAACUCCUCGUGUACAGACUUGCGACAGAAAGCCGACGAAAGUGGCAAAUAUGUUAGGGAGACGAUUAUUUUACAAACGAUGGCCUGCAAGCGCUGGUCGUUUUCUUCAACCUACUCCUACAGCAUCGGUCGGGUCAUUGGCUUCAAACCUAAAUCUGACGUCACUUCGGGGCUCACCGUUGAACUGACUGAUGGCUUUCGCUGUUAUAAUAAACACAAAAAUGAAAUGAAGAACGCCAAAACAAUAAUUGACUUAGUUUGUGAUACAAAUGCUGGAGUUGGCAGGCCUACCUCCAUGGGAAACUUUUCAGUUGUUGAAAAGGAGCCAUGUACGUUUUAUCUGCGGUGGCGUUCCUUAUACGCAUGUCCAAUUUGCGACAAAUCAAAGGCGACGGAGACCCACACUGACUGUGUCAAUGGCUUUAAGAACGUGACUUACGGUUUCACCAACAACUGUCGAAAUGAAACUGGGGGUACCAAAGUCUACGACAAAUUUUUUGUUCCAUGCAAGGUGUCGGCAGCAUCAUCUGCACGUAAAGCAUUUUCAUCUAGCGGCCUGAUUGUUAUCAUUGUCAUUUUCGUCUUCAUUGCAUUCGCACUGUUCAUUACAGUUAUAAUGUUGCUAAGGAAAAAUCGGCUGUACCGAAAUCAACGGUUCUCCCCAGGCACUCACAUGAACCAGCUUAAGGGCAGGGAGGAUGACCUUGCCGAACUUAUUGACGAGUGAUGAGAGGAGUUUUGGUUGUAAAAUCCAGAGACGCGUCGUACAUCGAAGGAGCAUUCUAGUCAUUUGCUGAAAAAAACAAAUCUAACAACAUUUGCUUUCAACAGAGAUAUGAUGGUUUCGUGAUGUCGGAUAAGAGUCUUCCAGAGACAUAUGAUUAGCUUUUUUAAUUCUGUUAUAUGAGAUAAAUAGUUCUACAUUUAGAUAACCAUAUGCAGGCAAUUAGCUAGCCAUGUAUUUAUUUAUAUUUUUCUCCGUUAUUCCGGCUACGUCCAUUGCAGCGCUACUCAAUGGCGUUUCAUCAAAGGUCAUAUUCCCAUAGGUUGCAAAUCCCCAUAUUGAAAUCCUUUACCAGGAUAAUUUUUUUCUACUGAGUAAUUCAUGUUUGCUCAAGAAUCCAGAUCUCACGGCAGCUGGAUGUCACUGACUGCAUAGUACAUAGUCUGGGAUUGACAUUGGGGCUGUAUACAAAGACGGCAAAGUCGACUCUAACAUCAUCCGUUGGCUCAAUGUUUUAUCAAUGUUUAGCCAACCCUUUGUCCGUGGAGUAUCCAAUUUUCUUAAAACGUUGUGCGAAGUCUUACAACGCAAAAACGCAAAGUGAACGCAAAAACGUUUAGGAGUUGUAUCCCUUAGUCUCGUUAACCACAAUGGCCCUCCCCGUUGGCGACUUUGUGCCCAAUUGUUUUUUGCAGAUGUUAAUAAGCAUUAUAACUGUUUAUAUAAUCGAAACAUAACUCAAUAAUUUAAUUUUUUUCGUUGGCUUGUUAGGAAUGCUUCCACGUGAAAGCUGAAAUCUGGCUGUAGGGAAUUGGUAAUCAUAUAAGAUCACAUUAAGCUGGACAAAAAGUCGCUUUAUGGUGAAAAAUAUAUUUAAAGACGUUAGAAGAACAUCGAAUAAUCAGAUUCAACGAAAAUCAGAUUCAACGAAAAUCUCCUCCCUCCUCCCCUACUAUCGAGGCAAUAUCUUGAUGUUUAUAUCUAUACAGUUUUUUGGGUCAUAUGAUAUGUUCACUGUUAGGUAUUAUCACUUUUGACAGAAACUUUUGAUUAAAAUGAGCAUUUUUCUCCAGUCAAGUUUAUAUAUUUUGGAAGAGUUCAUCCUUUUUUCAUCGAUUGCGGAUUCUUUGGUUUUAUCUGUGUUAUAAAGCGUUGUAUUUUUUGUAUGGACCAGCAGUAUCUAGUCUAUCCAGGCUUGAUAAAUAGCAGAAUAGAACGUGUUUGGUAACAUAUAGAACAGUCUUAGUGCAGGGCAUUGGUUCUAGGACACCAGUGGGAAGACAAGGUCGUUUUAUUCUUAUCUUAGGGCUUGGAUAGAUACAGUAUAGAGUUCUUGAGUGUGACGUCGUGAAAGAUGUAUUUUUAGAAUUUUGCCCACAUAUCCUAAAAGAGCACCAUAAAAUACUUCUAAAACUGCGAAGCAGUUAGAUUUGGAUAAUUGUAAUUUUUGCUCUGUUUACACAUUUAUAAACAGAAGCCAAUUUCAGAGCUUUAAUUUUGAAAGGCCUGUGCUCAUGUGGCCAUAUCUCAUAUUUCAUAAUGAUCUUUUAGGAUAUGGGAUCAAAAUUAAAAAAUCCUAAAAAUAUAUUUUGUGGCGUCAUCACUUACGUGUUCUGUUGGUUGCUAGCAGAGGGUUCUCAGACAUUUCUUCUGGCAUUGCACGAGGUCUCGUCACCUGUAGCAACACCGUCUUGUCUGUAUCAAUGAAAUGGGAUAUAAUUUGAUUCGAUAUACAUUUUUUUGCUGUUGUCAAGUUUUAGAUAAGAGGGGCCCUUUUGUAGACUUUAUCUAGAUUUGUAAUUAGGAUUUAUUCUUCAAAUUUUGAUAGCCUUUACAUGUACGUGAUUUGUAAUCGUUUAAUCAUUUAGAAAUUAUAUACAAACAUGUCGCUUCA